CACACACGGAGUUUCAGUUUAACCUACUCAUUUGGUCUUUUUAUUUAGUUAUUGACAUCAACCAAGUCAUGGAAGAAAUUAAUGUGGUUCAAACUAAGGAUGGAACCGUUGCAGUAGCUUCUGCGUUUGCUGGUCAUCAGGAAGCUAUACAGGAUAGAGACCACAAAUUUUUAAGGAAAGCUGUUGAGGAAGCAUAUAAAGGAGUAGAUUGUGAAGAUGGAGGUCCUUUUGGUGCCAUUAUUGUUUGUAAUGAUGAAGUAGUUGCAAGUUGUCACAACAUGGUUCUUAGGAACACAGACCCAACUGCUCAUGCUGAAGUGACAGCAAUAAGAAAGGCUUGUGAAAAGCUAAAGCAGAUAGAACUUUCAGAUUGUGAAAUAUAUGCUUCUUGCGAACCUUGCCCAAUGUGUUUUGGUGCUAUACACCUUUCACGAGUUAAGAGGUUGGUUUAUGGAGCAAAGGCAGAGGCAGCAAUUGCAAUUGGGUUCGAUGACUUUAUUUCAGAUGCACUGCGAGGGACUGGAAUCUAUCAAAAAGCACAGUUGGAGAUUAAAAGAGCUGAUGGCAAAGAGGCUAACAUUGCUGAAGAAGUUUUUCAGAAAACAAAGGAAAAAUUCCGAAUGUAUUAAAUCUCUCUGUUUCCUAAGCCACUAAUUAUGUCCCAUCAAAAUUGGCUUCGUAGUUCAUAUAAAUAAGCUUGUUCGCCUCCUGUAUCCUACUCAAUAUGGAAUAAUAAUAAUUGUACAAGUGAAUCAGAAUGAAAAAGCAUGUUUAUUCUGGUGUC